AUCUUCGUGGAGAGAUCAACGUUUGUUGGCUUACUGUACACGCCGCCAUUGACGACCACCUAACUACUCUCUCUCUCUCUCUCCAUUUCUAUAACUACUUUCUACUCUCUCUCUCUCUCUCUCCAACCCUGAAAAUUUUAAAAUCUCGCAACCUCGAUUGAUCUGUGAGACAAUUAGAGAUUGACGGCUUUAUACAUACAUAUAUAGAGGUACAGGAGUUUUGUUUUUUGGAUCGGUAUUGGUACAGACCUUUCGGAAUUUGGGGCCAUGGAUGCAGCAACGACCUCUCGUUUGCUUCCUCUGAUGAAGCUUUACGGUUAUGAUCGCAGCUGUUUGAAUCAUAAUUCUUCGAUGUUAUGCCCUCGGACUAGGCAUGCCAUGCCUAUCUGCUGCCAUUCAUUGGACGGACAACAAUCUCUUGAUAUCUUUUCACGCAAAGGAUUUGUUUCGUCUUUUGACUCAAACGAUAAAAAAAACAGCAUCCAUGGAGGAUUAUCUCUUCAUGUUCCAGUUCAGAGGAGAAAUCCAGUUGGGAAAAUGUUUUGUUCUGUGGGAGUGUGCCCUUACCCUGGAAAUGCUAUUGAAUCUCCUUCACACACUUCAGAGGAAAAGAUUGGAGUGCUGCUUUUGAAUCUUGGAGGACCAGAAACACUUCAUGAUGUUCAGCCAUUUUUGUUCAAUCUAUUUGCUGAUCCGGACAUCAUACGUCUCCCCAGGUUGUUCCAGUUCCUCCAGCAACCAUUGGCACAACUCAUAUCUGUACUCCGGGCUCCAAAAAGUAAAGAAGGGUAUGCUUCCAUUGGAGGUGGUUCACCUUUGCGAAAAAUAACAGAUGAACAGGCUAGUGCACUUAAAAUGGCACUGGAAGCCAAGGACGUCCCUGCAAAUGUCUAUGUUGCAAUGCGGUACUGGCACCCGUUUACUGAGGAAGCUGUUAAGCAGAUUAAGAGGGAUAAGGUUACAAGACUUGUAGUGCUGCCUCUAUAUCCUCAAUAUUCUAUCUCUACGACUGGAUCAAGCAUCCGCGUUCUCCAAAGCAUCUUCAGGGAAGAUGCAUACUUGUCAAGGCUACCAGUUUCCAUUAUACAGUCCUGGUAUCAACGAGAAGGUUAUAUCCAGUCUAUGGCUGACUUGAUUGAGGAGGAGUUACAGAUGUUCUCUAAGCCUCAGGAGGCCAUGAUAUUCUUCAGUGCUCAUGGAGUACCAGUCAGUUAUGUUGAGGAUGCGGGUGACCCAUACAAAGCUCAGAUGGAGGAAUGCAUUCAUUUAAUAAUGCAAGAACUGAAAGCAAGAGGAAUUAACAACAAUCAUACUCUGGCUUAUCAGAGCCGGGUGGGGCCUGUGCAAUGGUUGAAGCCCUACACUGAUGAAGUUCUUGUUGAGCUUGGCCAAAAAGGUGUGAAGAGUCUUCUGGCAGUUCCUGUGAGCUUUGUGAGUGAGCACAUAGAGACUCUUGAAGAGAUAGAUAUGGAGUACAAGCACUUGGCUCUCGAAUCUGGCAUUGCAAACUGGGGCCGUGUUCCUGCUUUAAAUUGCACCUCUUCAUUUAUCACUGAUCUGGCAAAUGCAGUCAUUGAAGCCCUACCUUCAGCAACGGCAAUGUCAACCUCAAAUACAUCUGAAGACGACGACCAUGACCCUUUUGGGUAUGCCAUUAAAUUAUUUUUUGGUUCAAUCUUAGCAUUUGUUUUGCUCUUAUCACCAAAAAUGAUAUUGGCAUUCAGAAAUCACAUAUUUUAAGAUAGAAGAAAGAAUUGCUGUCAAUACACACGGUGCAGUUAGAGAGAAUGAGAGAUGAAGUAAUGUGAUGGCAGAGUGGUUUGAAAUUACUCGAGGCUUUUCCAAAAUAUCUUUCGGUAGGAUAUAGCCAUAUAGGACGUUUUUGAGGUGUUCCCAAAAUAACAAGGAAUAGUUGCUUUGAUCUAUUGUGUACUUGACAGCAUUCGAAUGUCAAAUUGGUUCUGCCAUAAGAAAAUAUAUUUGAGCAAAAUUUUCCGCCAUAUCUGUUGGGUUUGUUUUGGUUUGAUUUGUAACAUAUACUUCAAAUUGUGUCAUCUACACCAAUUUUAUGGUUUCUAG